GAGGGGACGUUGCACAGAGCCCUCGCAAGAUUUAGCUCAUCCUCAGUGCAGGGCCGGACACCCGAACACGACAAUCCCUUUCCCUUUAGCGGAAACUCACACCGCGUUCUAGCGACCCUCCCUCAACACCCAGCCAAGAAGGUCCUGCGACUGAAGGGAAGACGACGGCCAUGGGGCGCGCUGGGCUCCUCCUGCUGGCGGCGACGACGCUCUCCUGCCUCGGAUCGACGUGGGCUGCGUGCAAGGGAUCCACCAAAAUCGAGUGCAGAACGAAAGGCCAAUGUAUCAAAAUGGAACACGUCUGUAACGGAGGGAGAGACUGCACCGACAACUCCGACGAGGAUCCUGAACUGUGCAAGAUAUGGAAAUUCAAAAUGGAUUCCUGCAGUAAUUCGCGAGUGUCUUGCAAAGGAAAUUGCUACAGCUUCUCGCGCUUCUGCAACAGAAAGGAAUGUUCGGGAAAGAUGCACCCCAGAGUUUGCGAGAUGGUGAAGGCGAAGAAAUUCAACGUUGCAAUGGAGGCAGAACCGGCAUAUGCACCUGCGCCCUUACAAAUGAUGUCAAUGGUAAGCGACGUGGAACAGAUAGCAGAACAAGCAGUGAACAUCACGCCGUCGGAAGAUCCACUUUCUUGCCCUAGUCUGUACACACGCAUUGGGGAUCGCUGUCUGGCAAUAUUCUCAAUUGCAAAGGUGCCAUGGCCAGAAGCGAGGCAGUUUUGCAAGUCCAUCUACGGUGACCUCGUGACCUUCGAAGACGUCCAGGGUUUCGCAGAUUUAAUUCGGCAUUUAGCUGAAAAAGCACUGACGACAGAUUUCUGGAUAGGUGGCAGGUAUGACUCGCGGACGUCUGCGUGGGCGUGGGUGAGUGACGCGCCCAUGCCUCUGGGAUCCCCGUUCUGGGCGGAAAGGUACAGCGGAAACUGCGUACCUCGACCUCCUAUGCAAACCGACCCCUUCAGUGCUCCUCUGAACGCGACGCCGGGAGCACUUUGUUCACACUACCUGCAGGCGCCGAAGGAACGAGCACAGGGGUGGUGCAGUGCCAUGACCUACGAACACCACUACUACCUCACAGACGAGGAAUGCCAGAAUGCCCACAGUCCUUUGUGUGUCUUGAAACGCGGCUCUGACCUCCUCUGAUGGCCUUGUCUGCGAAGGUCAUUAGAGAAAAUUGGAAUAAAAUGAAAGGAAAUGAAACAAGAUGAAAGAAAAUGGAGAUAGAAAGGAAAACAAAAUAAAGAUAGAAAGGAAAAUAUAAUCAAAAUAGAAAGGAAAAUAGAAUCAAAAUAGAAAAGAAAAUAGAAUCAAAAUAAAAAGGCAAAUAAAAUAAAGGAAGAUGAAAGAAAAGAAAAAAAAGGAAAUGGAAAAAGAGAAAGAAGAAGAAAAAAAUAAACAAAAAAAGGUAAAGAAAAGAUAAAUAAGAUAGAGAAGAAAAGAAAAUUAAAGAAAAAGAAUAAGAAAAAGAAGAAAAAAAAACAGCCCCUCCCUUUCGAAUUCUUAAAGAAAACACAUAUUUGUAUUACAAGAAAGGGAACUUAAGAUCUGAAUCUCUAAAUGACUUUUAUAUUAAAAAAAGAUAAAAAAUAAACCACUGUCCUUUUUUGAGUGAUAACAGCUGGUUGAUUGAAAUUCCAUUGGGAAAUAUCAAAUGCUUUAAAGACGGCGGGGAUGAAAGAGAAAGUGAAUUUGGUUUACAAAGACGAUUUAUUAAGCAAUUACUUGAGUAUGUGGUCUCUUAUAACGCGGGGGUAUUUACCGUUUAAUAUAUAUUUCUCUAUAUUUAUCUGUCUAUCUGUCCGCGCACACAAACACAUAUAUAAUUUGAUCACUUCACAAUUAGUGUAACAACCGACGUUUACACAACCCUCUCACACACACACACACACACACACACACACACACACACACACACACACACACACACACACACACACACACACACACACACACACACACACACACACAAAAAAAAAAAAAAAAAAAAAAAAAAAUAUAUA